CCCUCCUCUCCGCCCCCGCCAUGGAGAGCGGGACGCUGCUGUCUGGCGGGCAGCGGGCGCUGAUCCGGGAGAGCUGGCAGCGGCUGAGCGGCAGCCCCGUACAGCACGGCCUCGUCCUCUUCACCAGGUUGUUUGACUUGGACCCUGAGCUGUUGCCCCUUUUCCAGUACAACUGCAAACAGUUUGCCAGCCCUCAGGAGUGCCUCUCUGCCCCUGAGUUCCUGGAUCACAUCAGGAAGGUGAUGUUGGUGAUCGAUGCUGCUGUGAGCCACCUGGAGAACUUGUCCUGCCUGGAAGAGUAUCUCUGCAACCUCGGCAAGAAGCACCAGGCAGUCGGUGUGAAGGUCGAGUCUUUUUCGACUGUCGGCGAGUCCUUGCUGUACAUGCUGGAGAAAUGCCUUGGCGCUGCCUUCAGCCCAGAUGUGCGGGAGGCUUGGAGCAAACUCUACGGUGCUGUGGUGAAAGCCAUGCGACGUGGCUGGGACACCCUCCCAGAAGGGGACUAGAUCCUGCCAGCCAUCCCCAUCCCUGACGACGCAGCGGUCCUGGGCAGGGGGAGCGCUCACACUGCGCUCUCUGCCUCUCUCCACCUCCAUCUUUCUCUGUGCACUAGCCCAUUGCUGUCUCCUUCAGUCACGCGUGCUUCGGGGGUCUCCCAGUGAUUCUGCCUUGCUUCGACACGACCACAUCUCUGCCUUUGCUAAGGGCUGGCAGGGUAUGUCUCUGCAGCGAAGCCUACGAGUGCCGCAGCACAGGUAUGCCGCCCUGCCCCGAGUUCCUUUGGGCUAGCCAGACCACCAACACCCAUGUACCUGCUCUGGUUUUCAGCUGGCUCCUCUCCCCUCCUCUUGCCACCCUCCCUAGUUAGAUGACAGCUAGCAUAGGCCUCUCGGGCUUAUUUGCCCAAGAUCCUAUUUGCUAUGCCCAAGACCAGCCGGGUCUGGCACUGCUCACUCCUCCCGUGCUGCUGUGCCCGGUUCAGCUGUGGAAGUGGCAGAUUUGGCCCCUCCAGGGGCAAGGGCAGCAGAGGUGGGAGCUGGCCGUGCCGUGCCAUG